GGUACAUGCCACGCCCUUUGGAGUUGUUUAUAGUUGAUGAGCUAUACCCAUCGUAUCUUAUUUUUGAACCAAACACAUUAUGAAUAGUUCGAUAAACCAAGCGCUUUACCAUGGAAUCAACUGUUUCUAUCUCCAAUAUAAAUGCCAACCCAUCUUCCCAACGGAUCUUUAUCGUUGGCGGUGGCAUAGUCGGCGCCGCUUUAGCAUUCUACCUCUCCAAAGCAAACAGCGACCACCACAUCGUGCUCCUUGACCGAUCUCUCCAGAAACUACUAGGUUCCACGGGCCAUGCACCGGGUUUUGUUGGUCAACUCAAUGAGUCGCCAGUCCUGACCCGACUCGCCCAGCAUACGGUUGCCGAGUACGUCUCCAUCCCCGGUGGAUUCAACACCGUCGGAGGGUUGGAGCUCGCGUCCACACCCGCCGGCGCGCAGACACUACAGUCUCGAUGCGAGAAAGCACACGCUGCAGGAUUAUCCGCUGAGAUGAUCACGCCCAAGGACGCAGCUGCAUUGGCGCCGGAUUUUAUCGACCCCGAGACUGUGACGACGGGCUUGCAUUUCCCGUCGGACGGCACGGCGAAUGCGCAGGUCAUUACGUCCUAUUUUACGCAGGAAGCUCGUGCACGAGGUGUGGAUCUCCUAGAAACCACCGUGACUGGCUUCGCAAAGAAGGGCGGCAAUGACCAAAAGACUGGCGAGAUUGCUGCUUUACAUACCGCAAAUGGGGAUAUCAACCUGGCAGGCAGUACUGUCAUCCUCGCAACGGGAAUCUGGACAUCCUCUUUGGCUGGAUGUCAUACCCAUGAAACGGAAGCAUCGAUUACCAAGUUCCCAGUGCCUAUCAUUCCGGUUGCACACCCAUACACGUUCACUGCGCCUCGACCAGCCCGCACCGGGGAACCAUACCCAUUCGUCCGCUGGCCAGAGCACCAUGUCUACGCUCGAGACCACGGUGAUCGCGAUGGACUGGGUAGUUACGACCAUGUCCCUCUUGAACUAGAUCCCGGCCACACGGCCAUCGGGGCAUGGCCCUCUAGCUUCGAUCAAGUCUUGUCCGAAGCAACCUCGCAUUUGAAGAACGGAAAGCACUUCCUAGCUCAAGGGCGAGACGAUGAUUCAGACCCCUUCGAGGCAAGAGAGCCGUUUAAUGGAAUUUUCUCGGUGACGCCGGAUAACCUACCGCUGGCGGGGAGGGUGUCCGAUGUUAGUAAUUUGUGGCUUUGCGCUGCAAUCUGGGUUACUACGGCUGCUGGGACGGCUAAGUUGAUCGCGAGAGAAGUCCUUCGUGGAGGUCAGGAUGAUAUUUCUGCUGGUGAUGAAGAGGUUCUUAAGUCUUUGGACCCGGAACGUUUCCAAGGGAUUGAGGCUGAGGUACUCACUACCCAGGCAUUGGAACGAUAUAACAACAUCUACAACAAGGAAACCACUAGUUGAGCAUGGGGACGGGAUGAGGACUUGAUGGUAAUAUGAGAGCCUUGAUCAAACUGUUACAGGAAGGAUAUACUGGGCGCGUCAGCAUAUAAUCGAGGAAAUAU